AUGGCCCCUGCUACUUUGGAACAAGAGAACCAUACUCGUGACGCCGAGUUCAAUCGCGUCCUCCAUGGAAAAUCCUCCCAGGCUCAGGGCGGCUUCGCUGCCAUGCUUGGAGGAAAGGAUGCCGCUGCGCAAAAGGCUGCGGUUGAGGAAUACUUUAAGCACUGGGAUAACAAGGACGCCGCCGAUGAGACUGAUGAGACUCGUGCGGCUCGCCGUGCGGAGUAUGCUACCUUGACCAGACACUACUACAACCUGGCGACCGAUCUGUAUGAAUACGGAUGGGGUACCUCCUUCCAUUUCUGCCGCUUCGCCCAGGGCGAGCCCUUCUACCAAGCCAUUGCCCGUCAUGAACACUAUCUGGCUCACACCAUGGGCAUCAAGAGUGGUAUGAAGGUCCUCGAUGUUGGCUGUGGUGUUGGCGGUCCCGCGCGCGAGAUUUGCAAAUUCACCGAUGCCAACGUUGUCGGAUUCAACAACAAUGAUUACCAGAUUCAGCGUGCCACCCGCUAUGCUGAGCGCGAGGGAUUGAGCGACAAGCUGAGCUUCGUCAAGGGUGACUUCAUGCAAAUGAGCUUCCCCGAUAACUCAUUCGACGCCGUUUAUGCCAUCGAGGCUACUUGCCAUGCUCCUGAGCUCGAGGGUGUGUAUAAGGAGAUCUUCCGUGUGCUGAAGCCUGGUGGUGUGUUUGGUGUUUACGAGUGGCUUAUGACCGAUGAAUAUGAUAAUGACAACGCCGAGCACCGCAAGAUCCGUCUGGGUAUCGAGCAGGGAGACGGUAUCUCCAACAUGGUUAAGGUGUCUGAGGGUCUUCAGGCUUUCAAGAACGCUGGCUUUGAGGUCCUUCACAAUGAAGAUCUGGCUGACCGUCCGGACGCUAUUCCUUGGUACUACCCUCUUGCUGGAUCGUUCAAGCACAUGACCUCACCUUGGGAUUUCUUCACGAUUGCUCGCAUGACAUGGUGGGGACGUGGUAUCGCUCAUCGCUUCGUCGGUGCUUUGGAAACCGUUGGACUCGCCCCCAAGGGCACCCAGAAGACCGCCGACAGCUUGGCGGUGGCAGGAGACUGCCUCGUGGCGGGUGGUGAGAAGAAGCUCUUCACCCCCAUGUACCUGAUGGUUGGACGCAAACCCGAGUAA